GUCCAUCACGUAAAAGCUGUUUUGAGGAAAUCACACUGUAUGUUAUUUUUGUAUCAUGAAUCACAUACUAACCAAUCAGUAUUUGUGUAAAAUGGCAAAAUGAAAUUUUUAAACCCCUAAUUAUCAUUGUUGUAGUGCUUUUAUAUUAUUUAUAUGGUUUUUACCUGUUGCUUCAGUUUUUGUAUUUUUGACAUUAAAAAAUUGUGAAUUGUUAUCAAAUGUAGUGAAGUGCCUCGCCAUCGGUGACCCGACACCAUGGACGAAUCCGUUCUGGACACCUCUGCUAUGGACACCUCCACGAUGUCCGGUGGCGGCCUCUGCGAGCCGUCGCCGGAGCUGGAGGGGUACGCGGACGUGGCCAGUCUGGAGGAGGGCCAGCAGGUGAUGCUGCAGCUGCCGGCCGGCGAGAGGACUGGUACCGAGUCGGUCAUCAUGCAGGUGGUCAGGGUGGACGGCAACCAGAUCCAUUUCAUCACGCCCGACACUGGGGCUCAUGACCCGGAUGAAACCGAGGUCAAGGCCAAAGACUCGAGCGAAAUGCUUCAGCUGUCCGAGGACACAGAGUUUGAGAACCCCGGCGCCGAGAGCACCCAGUUUGAGGGCCCCAGUGCAGCUGAAAAUGCCGAGUUUGAUGACUCCGACGUCAAGGAUUUGGAUAUAACGGAGACGCCGCGCUGCUACCUGUGCCUGCGCCCGUCCGCCGGCCUCUACCUCCUGGUACUGGAGAGGACCUCUGCCACGGCCUGUUCACUGGCUGAGAGACUCAGUGGCUGCGCGUCCAAUGUCAAGCUGAAUGUCAGCACCUCAGACGGCGUGUGUGCAGACUGUCUGGAGCUAAUUAAUACGGCGGAUCAGCACUUCCAGCAGUAUCAGCAAGUCAGAGAUAAGAUAGAGGAGCUGCUCCGAGCGGGGAGCCGCCAGCGGGCGGGCCCCGAGGCGGAGUCAGAUGGAGAAGGAGAGGAACGACCCGAAGGAGCUCUCUCGCCGCCGGCCAACGGUGACGACUCUGACGACUCGGACUGGGCUCCGUCGGGGCCGACGCCGCGCUCCACGCGCUCUCGGGUACCCAAGGCGAGGCGCCGCUGGUCUCCGGAGCCGAUAGAGCGACCCACGCCGGCACCGGCGCCAAACGGAGCGCCACGGGGCCGGGGGAGGCCCAGAAAACACCCGCCAGUCACUCCCACGGUCAUAGAUUUUACCGACGUUAGCGCCCUAAAGGAGCAGGUGAAGGACAUCAAAACGGCAAAAUUCAACAUCAAGCCGGCUCCCUCCAAACGACCGCUCAAGUCGGACCUGGAGAAGAUAAUUCACCUGGAGGUGCGCGCGGCGGACAGCGGCGACCCGUCCGGCCUUACUGAGGAGGAGGAGGGCGGUGGUGGAGGCCGGCCGGCCGGGGCUGCGCGACCCCACACCACCGGAUACGAGUGCCGCCGCUGUGAUAUCGAGUUUGAGGACUCUGAUUCGAUGGUGAAGCACCUCCGUCAGCACGUCAACAAGCCCUGGUGUAAGCGGUGUCGGACCGAGUUCCCCAACCGGCCGUCGCUGUUGGAACACAGGAAGGCCUGUCGACUCCAGCACAGAUCUGGCGAGUGCACCAUCUGUGACCGCGAGGUGAAGUUUUACCGCUACCACAUGAGGCAGCACGCCGACCUCGUGGCGCGGGGACUCCUCGAGGAGGGCGCGCCAAUUCCCGAGGAAGACGACCACCCGCCUCCGUCCGUUCAGAAACGAGCCGGCAGGUUUCUGGCGGGAGGAGUGUGUAGCAUUUGUGGUGAGCACGUGCCGGAGAAACUGAGAAAACACGAACGCUCCCAUAAUAUAACGCACACGUGCCCCAUCUGCAAGAAGGUCUUCACUCGAGAGGAUGUGGUGCGAGGACAUAUCAAGCGCGUGCACAUGAAGGAGCGACCUCACGUCUGCGCCCAGUGUGGCAAGACGUUCGUCAGCGUCUACAGCCUGCAGAGGCACGAGAUGAUCCACAACAACGAGUACCGCUUCUACUGCCAGGAGUGCGGUGACGGGUUCCGCCAGAAGCAGCAGCUCACCGCCCACAUGCGGCACAAACACGGAGUGGUCGAUGUGGUGUUUGAAGACGUUCAGGUCAUGCCCGAGGGCGCCGCCGUCGUGGACGCCCUCUCCGUUAUCACCGAACCCAACGGUACCGUGUACGAGGGAGCCGUGCUGGAGGCUGGCGAAUUCGAUAAAGAGGAGUAUGUCAUCACAGCGGCCGGCGAUGGGGAGGAUGUACAGUUCACGGCGGUGGCUGAUGCUGAUGGGAAUCUACACCUGGAAGGAUAGUGUGGUGUCCCGCCGGGAACCGGUGGGGUCUGAAGAUGUGUUGAAAUGCGUGGCAAAGUGUAGGUGAGGUGUUUUGAUAGUAAGGUUGAACGUUGAGAAUACCUCGCGUUUCAGCGAUAAAAUUAAGUGGUGGUGUUGAAGUCGAGAGAAAAACGAGGAUUGGACGAGUCAUGAAAGUAGCCUGGUGUGUUUUCUUCAGCUAAGGGGUUUUCACUCCUGCACUUGGCUAGCAAAACAUUAGUUUGUACAGUCAAGUCAUCUUCAUGGUUAGUUUAGGAUUGUGGGAGGUUAGAAGGCGAGUCCGACAUACAAAAUAACUGUGAAAUGCUGUGAGACGUAAGUCGAUUGCAGCAUUUUCAGCUGUAAUUUUGGUAGAGAUCUCUGCGUGAAAUAGACAAUGUCGACCAUUGAGUGCGCCCUGUGUGUGUGUUCAUCUCAUCGCGGUUUUGCUGGGAGACCAAGCGUGACCCCAUUCAAACUAACGUAAGAACUGUGUGCUUAGACCCUUGUACGAUGAUCUGCGACUUUAGAGUUCGGGGGACGUAUUCUGUAUUCAUUGAGCUGAAUUACCGAACAAUCAACUCUUCCAGACAUCAACUUGUCAUCUCAAUGUCUUUGGGAGAAGCAUGGUGUGUCCCAAAAUCAGUUGUCUAUUUAGUUUUGAUAAUGGUAUGAUAGUUAAGUUUGACAGUGGACUUUCGGGUUGGCAUAGCACCAUUCGUUUUGUACACAUUCAAUAUUUGCCCUCGGGAAGUGACGAUGCAUUCAGAUUUCAGAUCAACUCCUACCCCGUAUUAUGAGUUGUCAGGCCGUAGCCUGUUUUCGAAGUUUUGUAGCCUUGAUUACCCUUUUCAGUGCACCAUCCGUUUUGCUGUUGCUUUUGUCGUUUUUCGUGUAUCCAGAAAUAUGUUGCAAUCUGCUGUAUUGAUAAAUACAAGCGGAAGCUGAUUGUA